GUCUGUAUCUUCAUGUCUUUAAUUAAAUCUUGACAACCUUAACUUCUACCGUAUCUUUUCAUUUGUUUCUUUCCUCUCUAGCUCUUUUAAAGAAAGUAAGAAGACAAAAUGUACCCAAAAAACCCACCAAGGCUUUUGCUUCUUUUCUUCUUCUUAUUAACAUUCUUUGUUUCUUGUUUUGGCUCUUUCCAAGAAAGCCCGGUUUCUCAUGUGGUUAAAGAUGGCACUGUAAAUGGUUUUACCGCCAUUCAUGGGAAGAUCAAUAACGCCCUGAAGCUUAGCUUUUCUAGCUUUUCAAAGCUUGCAAGGCAACAGGCAAGCAGUCCUACAAGCUCAACCAAGAUAGUGAAUGUGGAAGAUUUUGGUGCUAAAGCUGAUGGAACAGAUGCUAGUGAGGCUUUCAAGAAAGCAUGGGAGGAAGCAUGUUCUUCUGAAGAGAGUGCUAUUAUUGUUGUCCCUAAGAACAAGAUUUAUUAUCUUAAACCAGUCAAAUUUUCGGGUCCUUGUCAAUCUGAUCUUAUAUUCAAGAUAUAUGGAACAAUCAAAGCUUCGGUUAAAAUGAGAGACUAUGAAAAGGAUAGAAGGCAUUGGAUUGUAUUUGAUAAUGUAGAAAAUCUUAGAGUUAAAGGUGGCGGCACUAUCAAUGGCAAUGGCAAGAUGUGGUGGGAUAACUCUUGCAAAAUCGACAAAAGCAAGCCUUGUAUAGGAGCACCAACUGCUGUCACUUUCUCUGAUUGCAAGAACUUAAUAGUGGCCAAUCUAUGGUUCCAGAAUGCACAACAAAUGCAUCUUACAUUUCAAAAAUGUAAGAAUGUGAGAGCUUUGAAUCUCAUAGUGACUGCACCAGGGAAGAGCCCUAACACCGAUGGUAUUCAUGUCACUAGCACCCAAAACAUUCGGAUCAGAAAUUGUGUCAUAAGAACAGGAGAUGAUUGUUUAUCAAUAGAAAGUGGGUCCAAGAAUGUUGAAGCUACAGACAUAGUUUGUGGACCAGGACAUGGAAUAAGUAUUGGUAGCUUGGGAGAUGGUAACUCAGAAGCUGAAGUUUCAAAUGUGUUAGUUAAUAGAGCAACACUUUCAGGAACCACUAAUGGGGUUAGAAUUAAGACUUGGCAGGGAGGAUCUGGGUUUGCCAAGAACAUAGUAUUCCAAAAUAUAGUAAUGAAUAAUGUCACAAAUCCUAUCAUUAUCGAUCAAAACUACUGUGAUCAAGAUGAUCCAUGCCCAGAACAGAAAUCAGCAGUGCAAGUAAGCAAUGUGGUGUACAAAAGCAUAAAAGGAACGAGUGCUUCAGAAACAGCCAUGAAAUUUGAUUGCAGCAAGACAUUCCCUUGUCAAGGAAUUUUGUUGCAAGAUGUUGCUUUAGGAAACCAACGAGUUGACAAUGCUAAAGCUUCAUGUGCUAAUGUUAAUUUGUCUAGUAGAGGAAAAGUUUAUCCUCAGUGCUAAUAGAGGAAAAUAAAUUUAUUAGAUUAGAUCACCAAAUUAAUUUUAUGCAUUUUAGGAUUGACAUAGAAUAAAGAUUCCUUGUAAAUAACAAUAUCGUAUAUGCAAUUUAUAUUGCUAUCUUUUAUCUUU